CAUUUCCGUGGACGCCAUAAAGCAACUUUGGAUUUGUUUUAUUAUUACAGAUUUACACUUUAGGGUCAACCCUCGCAGAAAUAAAAUGCGGGAUGAUAAAUGUUAGAUGUUUUAAAUCAAUUUAAUUAAUAUAAACAAAAUAGCGUCGCUUCUGUUCGUUUGGAUAGCUGUCAUAUUUUUCUAACAGCAGCCUAAUGAUUGAUGCUUGGAGUUUAAGACAUACAGCAUAGAUCUGCUUGCUGGAAGCCUUGGCAUGGAAUUGCUGAAGAUAGAGAAAGUCGUUGGAAAUGAAAUCAAGUCUCCAUCUGCAGAGAUCAAGCCCAACCCCGUGGUCGCCCCGAAAUACUGUCACCACGAGGGCCUACAGUGUUUCCAUUGUCUGAUUAUCUUCAAAGACCUCAAAUCCAAGGAGAGACACAUCAGGAGGAACCAUAGGGAUGAGUAUGCACAUCAUCUGCAACAGAAUAACACACUGUUUAUGUGCUACAAGUGCAAUAAGCCGUUCUCCACCGCAGAGGAGCUCAGCCAGCACCAACGUACACACAUUACUGAUGAAAAGCCAUUUUCCUGCAGCCUGUGUCAGAAACGAUUCUGCACCUUUUCUGAGCGGAACAAACACAGGCGAAAGGACUGUGGAAAGCGGCGGUAUCUUUGCGAGGAUUGUGGCACCCGGUUCCCCAUUCCCUUCCGCCUCCGCAAGCAUCGCAUUGCAAUGCAUCCCGAGAAAGAGGUUACAGCCGAAAAUGCCGAUAUGUUUCAGUGCUCUAAAUGCGGUGUUUGCUUUCAAUCGGAAGAAGAGCUCCUUCAGCACCUGGAGGAAUUUUCGGAUUGUGUUCUCGGGGAGUCACAAGGGGAAAUACGACGCUAUGAACCCGUUUCCACAUAUCCAGAGGUGGAAGUUAAAAAAAUCAAGCAAGAAAAAGAUGCAAAGGGAUACGAAGGAUGCAGUGACUCAACAGGAACUGCUUCUGUGAAGCCCAAAAUUCCCUGUCCUGAAGAAGACUGUGACUGCACCUUUCCUUCAGUGGAAGCAUUGCGAACUCACAAAAAAGAGCAGCAUGGACCUCGCGCCUUGAAAGCUCCCAGUUCUGAAUACACCCGCCCUACCUGUGGGGAAAACUGUGCAAGAGAAAGCACUUUAAAGGCUCAUCAAAGCUCCCAUAUUAAAAGAGAGGUUGAUGUUGAAAGAGAUGAUAUAGAGGGAAAAAACAUCCCUUUGAUGUCACACGAUCAUGUCAUGCAUGUCGCUAGAUAAAGAAUUUUAAUGUGCUUUAGAAGCAUUAUUUAUUUUCCUUUUUGAGGAAAUACUCAACACUAAACUGGUUCUUAUGUGUGUAAAUAUUCAGUAUUGUUUUUCGAUGGGAUCGUGUCAAAAAGGCAAUUUUAUUGUUUAGAUUGUCUUUGUUUCAUCCUAAAAUGUUGAUCUCGAUAAUGAAGUAGCUGUGUAAUUCUUUUCAGGGUUGUGUGCAAAACUUGGAAAAUAUGUCAUAUAAGCAUGAAAUAUAAAUGAUAGUUCUGUUUACUGGUCUGAAGUGUUGUCUUUAUGUUGCUGAAAUAAAGUGAAUAAGAAUUCUGCUGUCCUUGUAGUAUUAAUUGGUGGUGAGGGGUCUCUUUGUUUCCUUAUAUUUGUUCUUUG